GGGGGCAGGCAGAGCCACUUCCGGCCUAGCGGGUGAGUGAGCUCGUGGUUCGGCUCCUUAGAAUCCCCUGAUAGACGCGGCUGCGUUUGGGGGUUCGGGCCGAGCCCUGGGUGGCAGCGGGGCCCGGCAGCUGGGGACCCGUGUGUGGGUGCACAGUGCGCCGGAAAGCCCGGGCAGGUGCCGCGCGGACGGACGCCUGCUUCCAAUUGAGCGGCCGGAGCCCCCGCGCCAAAGCCGCUGGCUCAUAGUUUGGGACCCUGACUGUGCGGACACUGCUGGGCCGACUCCUUUCCCUGUUUAAACCAAAGCCUCCGCAGAGAGGGGGGCCAUGGAAAGCAGCCCGUUGGUGGUGUCGAAACACAAGGCGGAGGUGGUGUGCGGGGUCCCCACUCAGGUGGUCUGCACAGCCUUCAGCAGCCACAUUCUGGUGGUGGUGACCCAGUUCGGGAAGAUGGGCACUCUGGUGUCCCUGGAGCCCAGCAACGUGGCCAGCGACAUCAGCAAGCCGGUGCUCACCACAAGAGUCCUCCUCGGGCAGGACGAGCCUCUCAUCCAUGUCUUUGCAAAGAACCUGGUAGCCUUCGUGUCUCAAGAAGCUGGAAACAGAGCGGUUCUCCUGGCCAUGGCCGUGAAGGACAAGAGUGUCGAAGGGCUGAAGGCCUUGAAGGAGGUGAUCCGGGUGUGCCAGGUAUGGUGACCUGGAUCAGCAGUGCGCACCAUUCAACAGGACUAUGCAGGAGCUCAGUCCCCUUGUGGGGUCUUGAAGACCCUCCCUCCUGCACAACCAGGAGGAAAGACUUCUGACUUUAGCCGUCGAAACUGGAAAAAACAGCUCAGGUGGACUCACUGGUUGCUGCAUCGUCGAGGUGGCAGAAGCAGAAGGUGUGCCUUGGGCUCCCCGAGGUGCAUCUACGUGAGGAUGGAAAGCACCAGUCAGCCAGUGUGACUUGUGGCCCUCAGUGUGAGGAAUCAUUUGUAGAGGGAGGUUUUUUAAAACUAAAAGUAAAUAUGUAUCCCAAAA